UUUCGUAGUGAUCGGCAGCAGUGAAAAUUAACUCGAAAUGGGUCGUGUUCGUACCAAGACCGUAAAGAAGGCUUCCAAGGUAAUCAUCGAGAAGUACUACACUCGACUGACCAUGGACUUCCAUACAAAUAAGCGCAUAGUGGAGAAGGUGGCCAUCAUUCCGACCAAGCCGCUGCGUAACAAGAUUGCCAGUUUUGUUACACAUCUGAUGAAGCGAUUGCGCAACUCGCAAGUUCGGGGCAUUUCGAUCAAAUUGCAAGAAGAAGAACAUGAGCGCCGAGAUAACUACGUACCAGAGGUCUCCGCCCUGGAACAGGAUAUUAUUGAGGUCGACCCAGAGACGAAAGAAAUGUUGAAGCAUUUGGACUUCAGCAAUAUCGUCGUCCAAAUGCAGUGCUGUAGUUGCGGUUAG